CAGCAAUUCGCAGGUAAUUGCAUCGUAACAUUCCGAUGCAUUUUACGCUUCUUUUGUAACUCGGUGAACGCACUUAUGUCUCAAUACCAGUACGUUUUACCCGGAACAACGACAACUCGUCGACAUGGAUGCAGAGCAGAUCGUAAAGAAUGUAUUUGUUAAAGAAUCGGGAUCACUUACAAGAAAAUAUCUAGCAGAUCGUUGAACAAACUUCGUUUUAUGUCGUAGCAAGUUAAUCGAAAUUCGGUGAAAAUCUUUAACUACGAGCCAUUCCAUAAGAUUCGUUCGCAACUCUACUCGUUCGUUCACGAACGAUCCAACUUUUGCAGAAUUUAGUCUAUGAUGAUAGUAGAUGAAAAGCAGGAGGUCUCGAUUUCGCAAGGCUUUAACCAGGAAACGAAACGAAAUGACUUUUCUAAUAAAUGAAAGCGUGCAACACUUCGAGCCGUUGCAAAAAGUACGGGGUAACAGGGGGACGUCGCAAGAAACAACGCCAUCGGCUGCAUUUCCAUUGAUCUCCGACAAGAACGCGACCAGGCUGCCACUUUCCUUCUCAAAUCAAUCGUCGAUGGUCAGCGAUAUCCGUAACAAAGAUCCCGCGACCCUCCCAGUGGCCAACCGAGCCUUAGGUUGCAUCCAUUUGUAUAUCGACGUCCAACCGAGUCGUCAAGUACGACGGUCUUCACCUCGGCUCCAGAUAAGUGUCGUUUUAGUGUAUUAAUGUUGCCACAUACUCGAUAAUUUGUAGCUUGAACGCGACAAAAAUGGGGUUUAAAUAGGUGUGACGUAUGUAUAAAAAGUUGACGGAAAGUGAAUUCGAUAGUGUAAAAUUAACAAUUCGAAAGAUCGUCUUUUCUUUGCUUGUGUCUUGCUUUGACACUACGACGAUCAUUUACUUUCGAAGCACUUGAUUCGCCGCGUUUCCUCGAAGUGAUAAUGUAAGUUUAUGCAAUCUAAUAUUAACACGUUUCGCGUAAAGAUAACUCAAAUAAGAAGCCAGGUGCCUGUUGUCAAUUAAGUAACAAAUAAACUACUAACUAUAUCGGAAGAAUAAAUUAUCGACAAACGAAUAACGACAAAUUAUACGUGAUAGAUUAACGAAGGUUUUUUUAAAGACUUUUACCAUAAAGAGGAUAUUAGCGACAGAUAGUACUUGAUGGGCUAAAAACACGACUGGCAAUCACCCCGUGUCGUUGCUUCGUUGCCAUAUGUAAACGACGAAGGCGAUACAACCAGCUAACGAACCCUUUGUGGUUUAAGCGACAUUCGAAACCUUUUUCUUCUGCUACUGGGCACAAACGGCUUUGGAUUGAAAAAGAAUAGAAGGAAAUACAAUCGUCGUUCUCGUGUUCCGUCUACCACAUCGACUUAUACACUUUUCGACCGUAAGCGUAAUUUAACUAAUUAUAAAAUUGUAAAACCUACGUAUAUCGAAAAUCGGAAACGCUAGAAAUUCCAAAGUAGAACAAUAUCCGUUAGCAAAAUUUUUAUCUACCGUACAUUUAUCGAUCGACCUCUCCUAUCCACUCGUUGCCGCUAGAAUUCCUUUGCCCAGAAAAUUCUCUGCACAAACAGGUCGUCAGAAUCGAUACGUAGCAUCCAAUUCGUUCUCCUCGACAGUCGAGCCAACCAUCGAAAAGGUCAAGAAAGUUUAUCGUCUCGAGAAACGAUGUCGUGGGUGCCUCCGGAUCUAGCGAGCCUGUGUUCGCCCCAUUCCACCGUGUCAACGUGUCAACCGCCUACGUUCAUGUUUCUGACGCUCGUCGCUCAUCUGUUCGGUUAUUCGAAAGACUCUUAUCAUUAUUCGUUCGAUGAUUUCGAUUCUCAGAGUUUACCAUGGAAAUUCGAUCACGUCGGAGAAGCGACAAAAUCGAAAGCGAGCGUAGAAUAUUUUGCAGACUCGCGGCAAGAUGGUAUUUAUGGCCGGAAGAUUUCGUUCCUGGACGAUCCUGCGUCAAUGAAAUCACCGAGCGGAGUUUACGAUUCGGCACUUUGGUACGAUCGUGGAACUUUAACGAGAGCCAAGGAUGAAAGCGACGACAGCGAGGCCGUUAACGCUAAAAUAGGCUCGUCGAUGGCGAAUUUAACAGGAAUUUACGAUUUCUAUCCGCGAACGAGAAUCGUGGAUCGACCGAUCGGCACGCCGGUUACCAUUUACAAUGGCUUUGUUGCCGAGAAAGGAAAAACGUACGAUCAUCCACGAUGGAUAAACGAUGCCACAAACGGACAUUCACGUUUGUUAACUCCCAAAAACCAAGUGAACGACCAAAAUUAUAAUCUACGAGCGGCGCAACAAAUUUUCAUGGGCACCGAGGUCUCUGUGAAUUCGCCGCAAGCGACGAACUUGCCAACGAAGGUGUACGAUUUCAUUAUCGUUGGAGCUGGAUCGGCAGGAUGCGUCCUUGCAAAUAGACUAAGCGAAGUAAAACAUUGGAAGAUACUGUUAUUGGAAAGUGGCACGGAAGAACCAAUGGUAGCGGAUAUUCCGGCGUUCGCCUCUAUGUUACAAGCCAGCAAUAUCGAUUGGAUGUAUCGUACGCAACCGGAGCGACGCUCUUGUCGAUCGAGACGGGGUAAAAGUUGUGCGUGGCCAAGGGGCAAGGUGAUGGGUGGUUCCAGCAGUAUCAAUUAUAUGAUUUACAUUCGUGGUAAUCCGGCAGACUACAACGAAUGGGCGGAAGAUGGGAAUUACGGGUGGAGCUACGAAGAGGUUUUGCCAUAUUUUCUCAAAUCGGAAAAUAACAAGAAUCCAGAGGUCGUGAAGAAGAAUCCAUACUACCACCAAGAAGGAGGUUACCAGUCGGUAGAACGAUUUCCAUAUACCGACGUCAACACAGAGAUCCUGUUGAACGCCUGGCGAGAACUCGGCCACGAAUCGGUGGAUUCCAACGCGAAGAGCCAACUGGGCGUGAUGAAACUGCAAAUGACUUCUGCUCGUGGAAUGCGUCAAAGCACGAACAGCGCGUUCGUCAGACCCGUCAGACGCAGACGGAAGAAUCUGACGAUCGAAACCGAAGCUCACGUCACGAGAUUGUUGAUAGACGACGAAACAAAACGCGUGACCGGUGUCGAGUACGUUUCGACAGCCACGAGAUUUACAAGGUCGGUUUCGGCUAGGAAAGAGGUGAUUCUGUCAGCCGGCGCGAUCAAUUCGCCUAAAAUUCUGAUGCUCUCUGGAAUUGGUCCAACGGAAGAGUUGAGGAAACACGGCAUCGCAGUGGUCAGCGACUUACCAGUUGGAAGGAAUCUUCAAGAUCACGUGACGAUGGAUGGCGUUGUGAUUGCGCUAAACGUUACUUCGACGAGUAAAGACAACGAUUUGAAAGAAAAUGACAUUUUUUAUUACGAGAAAACCCAGAUGGGACCACUGUCCGCCGCCGGAGCCAUUACCUGUGGCGUCUUCCUGCAGACGAUUUCUCAACGCGAGUACGAUCUACCGAACAUACAGUAUACGUUCGAUGCCAGCAAUCAACAGGACUAUCUGAAAGAUCCCGAGGAAUAUCGCGAAACAGCGGUCGAACCGCUGUCCUAUUACGACGCUAUUAACGUUAGACCGAUUUUAUUGUCGCCAAAGAGCAGAGGAUAUAUACUGUUGAACGAUACCGAUCCGUUGUGGGGACCACCGUUGAUCUAUCCCGGAUAUUUUACCAGCUAUCCCGACGCGGAUGUAUUGGUCGAAGGAGUAGAAGCUGCUUUAGAGUUGUUUCGUACGGACUCGUUUCAAAAAUAUGGUUUCCGGCUGAUCGAUACACCUCUGCCUUCGUGUAGACAUUUCGUAUUCGCUACGAAGGAUUACUGGAAGUGCGUGAUGAUGGAGUACACGGCAACGAUCUAUCAUCCGGUAGGUUCGUGUAAAAUGGGGCCAGAUUGGGAUCCCGACGCGGUCGUAGAUCCCAUGUUAAGGGUAUACGGAGUUAGCGGGCUGAGGGUCGUCGACGCUUCGAUAAUGCCAAAGAUCGUUAGGGGGAACACGAACGCGCCUACUAUCAUGAUCGCGGAGAAAGCCAGCGAUAUGAUCAAAGAGGACUGGUUGCAUGAUAAAAAGUUUGUCUAGGGCGACACCAUCUAAAGUGAAUAUAGCAACGUUCGCGGAAACAAACAACUUUGAAUUUUACGAGUAGCGAGGCUUUGUUAGCGUUUCUACGUUGAAACGAGGAAUUCUUUUCGGGGUAGAACAAAUUUAUAGCGUUUAUAUCUAAAUCAAUACAACGAAUAGAUGGCGGAACUAUUUUUAGAGUAAAAGUUGGCACGAAAUAUUAGUUUAGAAUUUAGAACAUGGAUUGCUCGAUGAAAAACAACGAUUACUUUCGGAAACAUACUAUAGAAAAAUCCGCAUAUAAACGUACGUUCCUGUACAAGUAUUUCUUAUCGUAUUAGGUUGUCCGGAAAGUAUCUUUCUGUGAAAUGUCGCGGUGUUUAUCUCGACAGAACAAAAUGGAUUGUACGUAAUUCGACAAAAUAAUAUAAAAGAAAAAACGUUGUGCGUCUAUUACACUUCCUCAUGAAACGAAAGAAACUUUUCGAACAACCUAAUAUCUCAUCAAGUAUUGAUAUUUCUUACGACAUAACGUAGGUUAAUGUAAUUCGCGGUUAGAGGUCUCACCGCGUAACAUAUUAUGCGUAACGACACAGAGAAAGUAUAUAAUUACUAGUUAGAAAU